UUCCGGCCUGUGCGUUCCACAUGUUGGAAGUGAGUUUUCACCAACUGCUGCAGCCUCCCAGUGUCCGUGGAGAUCAGGAACUCCAGCUGUGGAGAACGGAGUCUUUAUUACUCAUCACACGUUCUGUAUUCUCUCUGAUUCACCGAGGAUGGACAAGGACAGGAGUCACAGGACUGAGAGGAUAAUAAAUAUCACCGUGGAGAUCAUCUACCUGCUGACUGGGGAGGAGUACACAAUAGUGAAGAAGACAUCCAAUGAGUAUGGGAUACCCAGCAGCCAUCCCCGUGUAUCAGGAGGACUGAGUAGAACCCAGAGCCCAAUCACUGUGCCUCCACCUCACUCACUGACACACGAGAGACACAAUGACCAGAAGAUCCUGGAACUCACCAACAAGAUCAUUCAGUUGCUGACUGGAGAGGACGGGGAGUAUAUAGAGGAACACAGGGGUCUGUACAAUGAUGUGAUGAUGGAGAAUCGCCGGCCCCUCACAUCACUGGAAGGACCCAGUAACAGAGAUACCCCAGAGAGAUGUCCCCGUCCUCUGUAUUCUCAGGAUUGUACAGAGGAGAAUCACAGGAUCCCACAGGAGGAUCAGGGUGAAGCCCAAUUAAAUAAUAUUAAAGUCAAAGAUACAGAGGGAGAAGAAGAGACGUAUGUGACUGAUAUAAAUGCAGAAGAUAUAGAGGGAGAAGAAGAGACGUAUGUGACUGAUAUAAAGGCAGAAGAUAUAGAGGGAGAAGAAGAGACGUAUGUGACUGAUAUAAAGGCAGAAGAUAUAGAGGGAGAAGAAGAGACGUAUGUGACUGAUAUAAAGGCAGAAGAUAUAGAGGGAGAAAAAGAGACGUAUGUGACUGAUAUAAAGGCAGAAGAUAUAGAAGGAGAAGAAGAGAUGUAUGUGACUGAUAUGAAGGUAGAAGAUAUAGAGGGAGAAGAAGAGACGUAUGUGACUGAUAUAAAUGCAGAAGAUAUAGAGGGAGAAGAAGAGACGUAUGUGACUGAUAUAAAGGCAGAAGAUAUAGAGGGAGAAGAAGAGACGUAUGUGACUGAUAUAAAGGCAGAAGAUAUAGAGGGAGAAGAAGAGACGUAUGUGACUGAUAUAAAGGCAGAAGAUAUAGAGGAAGAAGAAGAGACGUAUGUGACUGAUAUAAAGGCAGAAGAUAUAGAGGGAGAAGAAGAGACGUAUGUGACUGAUAUAAAGGCAGAAGAUAUAGAGGGAGAAGAAGAAACGUAUGUGAGGGGUGAUCAGCAGUGUAAGGAGGAGGAACUCCCUACAGAUAUCAGCACAGCAGAUGGACACACAAGCAGGAAUAUCUCAGAAGGACAUCUAAAGUUAUCCCCGGAUUGUGACAUAAAAGAUAAUGACAGUAGACAGGAUUCUACAGGAGCUAAUCCCAUUACCCCAAUUAUACAUCCAGCUCUAUCAGCUGAUCCCCCUGAUCCUGGGAAAUGUUCUCCUGAUCACUCUGAUAUUGGUGCAUCUGUUACAGCUCUAACAGUAGAUACAGUGUUUCCCUGUUCUAUAGAUGCCAAAUGUUUUACACAGAACACAAAGCUUAUUAACCCACACACAGGUAAGGCAGGUGGAAGGCCACUGAUAUGUUCUGAGUGUGGGAAAUGUUUUACAUACAAAUCACAUCUUAUUACACAUCAGAGAAGUCACACAGGUGAGAGGCCAUUUUCUUGCUCUGAGUGUGGGAAAUCUUAUUUAACUAAAUCAAAUCUUGUUAUACAUAACAGAAGUCACACAGGUGAGAAACCAUUUUCUUGCUCUGAGUGUGGGAAAUGUUUUGCACACAAAUCACAACUUGCUACCCAUCAGCAAAGUCACACAGGUGAGAAGGCAUUUCCAUGUUCUGAGUGCAGUAAAUGUUUUGCACACAAAUCACAUCUUGUUAUACAUCAGAGAAGUCACGCAGGUGAGAAGCCAUUUUCAUGUUCUGAGUGCGGGAAAUGUUUUACACAGAAAUCACAUCUUGUUAAACAUCAGAGAAGUCACGCAGGUGAGAAGCCAUUUCCAUGUUCUGAGUGUGGGAAAUGUUUUGCACUUAAAUCAUAUCUUGUUAAACAUCAUAGAAGUCACACAGGUGAGAAGCCAUUUUCUUGCUCUGAGUGCGGGAAAAGUUUUACCUGGAAAUCCAAACUUGUUAUACAUCAGAGAAGUCACACAGGUGAGAAGCCAUUUCCAUGUUCUGAGUGUGGGAAAUGUUGUGUAAGUAAAUCACAACUUGUUAGACAUCUGCGCAGUCACACAGGUGAGAAACCUUUUCCAUGUUCUGAGUGUGGGAAAUGUUUUACAUGUAAAUCAGAUCUUGUUAGACAUCAGAGAUGGCACACAGGUGAGAAGCCAUUUCCAUGUUCUGAGUGUGGGAAAUGUUUUGCACUUAAAUCAUAUCUUGUUAGACAUAACAGAAGUCACACAGGUGAGAAGCCAUUUUCUUGCGCUGAGUGCGGGAAAUGUUUUACACAAAAAUCAAAUCUUCUUAGACAUCAGCAAAGUCACACAGGUGAGAAGCCGUUUUCUUGCUCUGAGUGUGGGAAAUGUUUUUCCCAGAAAUCACCACUUGUUACACAUCAGCGAAGUCACACAGGUGAGAAGCCAUUUUCUUGCUCUGAUUGUGGGAAAAGUUUUACACAGAAAUUACAUCUUGUUAGACAUAAGAGAACUCACACACGUGAGAAGCCAUUUCUAUGUUCUGAGUGUGGGAAAUGUUUUACAUACAAAUCACAUCUUGUUAUACACCAGAGAAGUCACACAGGUGAGAGGCCACUGACAUGUUCUGAGUGUGGGAAAUGUUUUACAUGUAAAUCACAACUUGUUACACAUCAGCGAAGUCACACAGGUGAGAAGCCGUUUUCUUGCUCUGAGUGCGGGAAAUGUUUUUCCCAGAAAUCAACACUUAUUAUACAUCAAAGAAGUCACACAGGUGAGAAUAUAUUUCCAUGUUCUGAGUGUGGGAAAUGUUCUGCACACAAAUCAGAUCUUAGAAACUAUGAGAGAAGUCACACAGGUGUGAAGCCAUUUUCUUGCUCUCAGUGCGGGAAAUGUUUUACACAGAAAUCACAACUUGUUACAUAUAUGAGAAGUCACACAGGUGAGAAGCCAUUUCCAUACUCUGAGAAAUAAAUCGGCACUUGUUGCUCACAAUAGACAUCACUCAGGUGAGGAACCAUUUUAAUCUUCUGGAGUAUACUCAUCAUUGCCAUGCGUUGUUCUUCAAGGUUCUUAUCCUAUCUCCUAUGCUUUUUGCAAUUUACAUGCUACCGCAGGGUGAAAUAAUCAGAUGUCAUGCCCUCAUCUACUACUGCUAUGCAGUCUUUUGCUGCGGGUACUGAGAAACCAGUACCAAUCCUAAAUGGUUGUCUAGUUGAGCUCCAGGUGUGGGUGAUGCCAGUUGGCUGUGACUCAGUCCUGGUGAAACAGGUCCUUAUGAUAGAAGAUCACCAAUAAACGGCAGGGCUACAACUCAGCUUUACUACCAACCACACGCCACAUAACACCCAUUCUCUGUUCCCUCCACCGGCUGCCUGUAAGAUGGUGACUGUUACAUAAUCUUACUGACUCUCCCAGCCCUACAUGACCAGGGUCCAAAGUACCAGAAGCAGCUUCUGCCUCCAUACUGUCCUACUUGCUUCCAUCUGCAGAUGGACUGUUACCAGAAAUUCAAAGAAACCCCAAGCAGUGCUGAGAUGUCUGAGGGGAGACAGGGUGGGUGGCACUAUUGGUGUAUCGGUGGCACUGUCUGGGUAAUAUUAUCUCCAAGCAGAGCUGAGGGGGUACUCGGGGUGGCUGGCAGUAGUGGGGACUGCAGGAGGCAGUGUCUGUGUGAGAAUCUUGUCCUCAAGCAGAGUUAAGGUGUCAGAUGGGGAGACAAGGUGGAAGUAGUGGAAAGGGGAGAGGGCGGGUGGCAGUAGUGGGCAGAGACAGGGCAGUGAAAGGAGACAGGGUGGGUGGCAGUAGUUAGGGGAGACAGGGUGGUGGCAGUAGUUGGGGGAGACAGGGUGAGUGGCAGUAGUGGAAGGAGAC